AUGGAGUCCGAGACGACUCCAUUGCAUCAGCGCUCAACUUCGCUACAAUAUAAUCUGCACAUUUGGAGGCGCGAGGAAGCGCGCCAACGUGAUCUCAGACGAGGUGGCGCCUUCUUUCUUGCGCUAUGUGUCAUCAGUCUCAUAAUCAUCAACUUGGCUGAACAUCUCGACGACGGAAAGAGUAAGACGGCAGAUCCACAAGUGGAGAUUCGGGCUGCGACGCAACCUGAUCCAGCAAACACGACAGCACUCGACAAUCAAGUCUAUUGUGGACUCACCAUCCAAGACUCUGGGUGCAUUAAGCUACCUAACAACGGCGACGAUCACUUUACCUACUGGUACUUCGAGUCGCGUAAUCAACCAUCCACUGAUCCGCUUGUGCUGUGGCUCACAGGAGGAUUCGAAUGCUCCAGCAUGGUAGCAAUGCUUACAGAGAAUGGACCAUGCCAUGUGCUGCCUGAUCUGACAACAAAACUCAAUCCGUACUCGUGGACGAACAAGAGCAACGUCGUGUGGUUGACUGCAGUUGGCAUUAUACACGGUGACAAACACGAUACUGACAAUAACGAAGACAAAGUGGGUGAAAAUAUCUACUAUUUUCUACAAGAAUUUUUUCAAAAGCACCCCGAGUUGGCGAACCGCGAUUUUUACAUUACUGGCGAGAGCUAUGGGGGACAUUAUGUUCCGGUGGCAGCGCAUUAUGUGUGGCAAAAAAAUAAGCAAAUUGCUGGAACUACGUUUAUUAAUCUUAAAGGCAUUGCUAUUGGCAAUGGGCUCGUCCAAGCUGCAAUUCAAAUGCCACACUACAUCGAUAUGGCCAUCAAGAAUGCGUACAACAUUUCGUUAGUUGACAAGGCCCAGCUGGAUGAGAUGAAGGCGGUGAUGCCUAAUUGUAAAAAUCUACUAGAGCAGUGUUCACACAAAAAGACGGCGUGUGGUACGGUUGAGGACUAUUGCAUCCAAAAGCUGUUUGACCCGAUGCUCAAGGCUAAACGUAACCCGUACGACAUCCGUUUGCCAUGCAAAACCCACGGUGUUGACACCGAGUUUUAUGAUAUGUCAUAUGUUUCUGAAUACAUCAACGCGCCGAAUGUUCGCGAAUUUCUUGGAUUGGACUCGAAGCUCGUUGGAGAAUGGCAGCAAAGUAACUUGAACAUACACGAUGCUUUAUUAAAAUCGGCUAGUCCAGCUAAACCAUUUGACUCGUACGUGGCUGAUUUACUAAAUGCCGGCGUACGCGUGCUCAUAUACGCGGGUGAUGCCGAUCUCGUGUGCAAUUGGCAUGGAAUUGAAGCCUGGACACUUGCGUUGCAGUGGAAAGGCAAAGACGGCUUUAAUGCUGCGCAGGAGACUUCCUUUAUCACAACUAAUGGAACAACGGCUGGCCUACUGCGAUCGUUCGCUAACCAACUUACGUUCUUGCGCAUUUUCAGCUCUGGUCACUUCAUGCUCAAGGACCAGCCAGCAGUUGCGCUUGAUAUGCUCAACAAAUUUCUUGCUUCUGAUAACUUUUAG